UACCACACACACUGCUAGUAGAGAGACAUCUAUAUUUCACUAACACAUUCUAAAAACUCUAGACCUUUAUCAAAGCCAGAGAAGAUCAAGAAGAACAAACAUAUGGCGAGAUCACCAUACUACGGCUCAUCCUUCUUGGACUACAUCUCUCUCCCAAACCCACACCUCUGUUUCUUCUUCAUGGUCGUCUUCUUCGUGUUCUCCUUCACAUGGUACUUGAACUACGAGUCCAUCCUCGAAGACACCAUGAAUAAUCUCAAGUUCUUCAUCAUCCUCUCCCCUCUCUUCCUCCUCCUCAUCGUCCACUUCUUCUCUGGGGGACUCUCCUUGUACGUCCCCUUGCCUGAACAAGACUCCAUUCACCAUGCCGGUUCAUCACCUUGGGGCGUAGCAGCCGUGCUCGUGGUCAUCUUGUUCAUGGUCUCGUACCAGUCAGACAUCCACGAGAUGUGGUUCCCCUUUGGGGCUAAGUAGAUCAUGAGAUCAGCCUGAUUUUCCAUGUUACCAGCCCUAUCUAGCUAGAUAUGGAACAACCAUGUUAAAUAUCAAGUAGUAUGUACUUUUCUUUUUUGAUGAAGAUUUAAGUCUCGCAUGUGUAGGAGUGAAACUUUUUUCGAAGAUCUCUUAAGUCAUAUCAGAGUGUCCUUAUAUGUAGAUGAAGUUAUCUCUGCUUGUAUGGUCUGCUUGUAUUCGUAAAUAUCAUAUGGAAAAAUGAGACGAAGACAACCUUUUAUUUGAUGCAAUAGAAAGUUUAAUGGA